CUUACUGGGGAGCCCGCGGCACUGCACUUCCGGUGGCUUACGUCAUCAGGCGGUCUCGCAAGGACCCGGAUGAACCGGCAAGCGCAGAAAUUUCUAGAAGCGUCCCCGCGUUACUAGAGCUUAGCUUCGAGCCGCGUUGACUGCUACUGUGAAAAAUGGUGAAGGAGACUGUAUUUUAUGAUGUUUUGGGGGUUAAGCCCAAUGCAAGUGGUGAAGAACUCAAAAAGGCCUAUAGGAAACUAGCUCUGAAAUACCAUCCUGACAAGAAUCCAAAUGAAGGUGAAAAGUUCAAACAGAUUUCUCAAGCUUAUGAAGUGCUGUCUGAUCCCAAGAAACGAGAACUCUAUGACCGAGGUGGCGAGCAAGCUAUUAAGGAGGGUGGAGGCGGUAGUGGUGGAUUUGGUUCGCCUAUGGACAUCUUCGAUAUGUUUUUUGGUGGUGGAGGCAGAAUGCACAGAGAAAGGAGAGGAAAAAAUGUGGUUCAUCAGCUUUCUGUAUCAUUGGAGGACAUGUACAAUGGUGCAACUAGGAAACUAGCACUGCAGAAGAAUGUAAUAUGUGAGAAAUGUGAAGGUCGUGGUGGUAAGAAAGGGUCUGUAGAGUGUUGUCCUGUCUGUCGUGGAUCAGGCAUGCAAGUAAGAAUUCACCAAAUUGGACCAGGCAUGGUUCAGCAAAUUCAGUCUGUGUGCCAAGAAUGUCAUGGCCAAGGAGAGCGCAUCAGUCCGAAGGAUAGAUGUAAAAACUGUAGUGGAAGAAAAAUUGUUGUGGAAAAGAAGAUCCUGGAAGUUCACAUUGAUAAAGGAAUGAAGGAUGGCCAGAAGCUAACAUUCCAUGGAGAAGGUGACCAGGAACCUGGUUUGGAACCUGGAGAUAUCAUCAUUGUUCUAGAUCAAAAAGACCACAGUGUCUUCACGAGGCAAGGUGAAGACCUUGUUAUGCACAUGGAACUGGAGCUGGUGGAGGCUCUGUGUGGCUUCCAUCGUCCGAUCACAACUUUGGAUAAAAGAACAAUAAUCAUUACAUCACACCCUGGUCACAUUGUUAAACAUGGAGAUAUCAAGUGUGUGCUGAAUGAGGGUAUACCAAUUUAUCGCAGGCCAUAUGAAAAAGGUCGUCUUAUCAUCCAAUUCAAGGUGAACUUUCCUCCAAAUGGCUCCAUCCAAACAGAUAAACUAGCUCUUCUAGAAAAGUUACUCCCUGCACGGCAUGAGGUUGAUAUCACUGAUGAUAUGGAACAAGUAGACUUGGUCGAUUUUGAUCCACAGCAGUCGAGGCAACGCUACAAUGGUGAAGCAUAUCAUGAUGAUGAGGAUGAUCACCCUAGAACUGGAGUUCAGUGUCAGACCUCAUAAAAACAAACCUUCUGUCUGACUUCAAAUUGUGUUUUGUUUGUUAAAGACUUAAGACUGCAACCUCAAUCAUUGUACACGCUUAACAUCCAUGGUUGCAUUUGCUGUUAUUGGAUGAUGAUGCUUUUGUGUAAUGUUCAUUGGUGUAUUCUACAAACUUGUAUUUAAAUAAAACUAUGCUCUUUGGGGGCUAAUUUCA